CUCAUACAGAGACGCGCACGCCUCUGCCCGCGCGCGCAGCGCCCACGCUGUUACGCUCGUCGACCGUGGCCCGUCCGUUGUCCGCGCGGCGCAGCAUGAAGGGCUCGCGCGCGACGUUUGCCCGCGAAAGCAGCCUCGGCGCCGCCAGGAGGAAGAAGUGCGGCAUCACGCUGGAGGAAAAGUUGAAGAUAAUCCGAAAAUUCCAAGGUGGGCAGAAGCAGUCGGCCAUUGCUCGCGAGAUGGGCUACGCGCGCUCCACCGUGUGCACCAUCCUGAAGGACCGCGCUCGCAUCAUCGAGAGCACCAAGGACCGCCUGGUGCUCAAGUCCAAGAUCAUCACGAAGAAGCGGCAGUUCCCGAUCUCGGAGAUGGAGAAGUUGCUCACGAACUGGAUCGAGGACAUGGCGGAGAAGCAGGCUGCGCUGAGCCUCACCAUGAUCCAGGAGAAGGCCCGCUCUCUGUACGAGGACGUGAAGGAGAAGGCUGGCAUCACCGAGGGCAGGUUCAUCGCCAGCCACGGCUGGUUCCUGGGCUACAAGAAGCGCGCCAACAUCGACGACAUCAGGGUGGCGGGCGAGACGGGCGGCUGCGGCGGCGCCGCUGGCGCCGGCGCCGGGGCCGAGGAGCUCGCCGGCUUCCCCAAAGCCUUGUCCGAAGCGAUCAGGGAAGGCGCCUACGUGGCCGAGCAGGUGUUCGCCGUCGACGAGACGGCCCUGUUCUGGAAGCGCGUGCCGAGCGGCACCUUCGUGGCGGAGGAAGGGAGGUCCGCGUCCGCCUUCAAGGCCGCCAACGACCGCCUCGCGCUGCUGCUCGGCGGCAACGCGGCCGGCGACUUCAAGCUCAAGCCCCUGGCGGUUUAUCGGGCCGAGAGGCCGCGCGCCCUCAGGAACGUCGUGCCCAGCAUGCUGCCCGUAACCUGGAAGUCGAACCCCGAGGCCUCGGUGACGCUGGCGCUUUUCGAGGACUGGUUCAACAGUCACUUCAUCCCGCAGGUCAAGGAGUACUGCUUUCGCAAGGGGAUUCCCUUCAAGGUCCUCCUCGUUCUGGAGCGCGCCCCGAGGCAUCCCGAGGAGCUGGGCGACUUCCACCCCGACGUCAAGGUCGUGUUCCUCCCGCCCGAAGAAAGCCCGCUGCUGCAACCCGUGGCUCAAGGUGUCGCCGCCUCCUUCAAGGCGUACUACCUGCGGCGGAUGUUCUCGCAGGCCAUCAGGGUCACCGAGGGCGACGGCGGCAUCAGCCUCCGCGAGUUCUGGAACAAGUACGACAUCCUGGACGCCGUGAAGAACAUCGCGGCCGCUUGGUACGAGGUGAAGUCGACCACGAUGAACGGCGCUUGGAAGAGUCUGUGUCCCGGUUUCGUCCAUGGCUGGAAGGUGUUUUCGGACGUAGAGGACACCGCCGAGAAGUGCGUGGAGCUGGCGCGGCAGCUGCGGCUCGCGGUGAGCGAAGAAGAUGUCGCCCAGCUGCUCCGGAGUCACGGCGAUAAGCUCUCCGAAGAAGACCUCGUGGAGCUGGAGGCGCAUGUGAAGGAAGAGGAGGAAAUGCAGGACGUUGACGCGCCCGCUGCGGCAAAGAGGUUCACGGUGAAGGGACUCGCCGAGGCCUUCCAUCUCAUAGAUGCCGCUUUGGCCAAAAUUGAAGCGAUGGACCCAAACACGGAGAGAUUUGAGAGCUUCAGGCAGAGUAUCUUCACAGAUUUGUCCAGUUACAGAGCUAUCUACUACGAGAAGCAGCUGGCAGCCAACCACUCUACUCUGGGUAUCUGACGGGUGAAACAGCGGCGCUCCGGCGUGGCGUGAGCUGUACGCGGCCAGCUUACCGUUGUUAGUCUUUCACUACACUUAAGAGUGAGCCCAACGCAUUUAACUUUUUAACCAGCUGUUCUAAGUCGUCAUUAAAGGUUAAGUCGGUGCAUUAAUCACAUGUGUGCACUCAGUGUCCACACUGGAGAGAGAAUUUUAGACUUUGUAUUAAACGCUUUAAAAAGCCCAAACAUUUUUCCGUCUUUUAAAUAAGUCCCUAUCAGCUGACUUUGCCAAAGCAAAAACAUGAAUCGGACUUAUAGGUGCUAAAUCUGUGCUUGACAAUAUUUUCAUUUCUUUAUAUCAAAAGCA